GGACAAGUCUGUUGCGCAACCAUCCCUUUUCUACCCACGACGAAAGAACAGCACAAUCUCCAAUCCCAGCUUGAGAUGACUCCGAUCCUCUGUAUCACCUGCGAGUACCUGUACCACUACCAUCAGCGCGCAAGCCACCGCUCCCCCAAGUAUUUCGCGGAGGCCGAGACCCUCAACCAGAUUCAGUAAAAUACCAUGGCUAUCCCACAAGCCCACACUUGCCCCUGAGCUUGUCCGACUCUGGCAAGAUUAGACUUUGGUCUGAGAUAUGCCAGAGUCUUGGUCUCCUCCCUUGCUGGGAGCUGGUAUCAUUGGGAACAUGUGUCAUUAUUGGUGAGACCGCAGUUUGCUGUCCUGGACUCCGUACCCAGCGAUUUCCUUUGUCUGUGCAGUCUGAUGCCUCCAACUCACUGUCGCUCAUUUAGUUGACCUCGUUUGCUUGGAGAGACCUAUCUCCAUAGAUCUGUGUGGCAGGAAUACACAGACCGCCUCUCUCCUUUUCGGCCCCCUCCCUCCAAUCCUUCUUUUCGGUCCUUCCUGCGGCAAUGGACCUGAGCCCCUCGUCUCGAAAUGGAAACCCCCUACAACAGCUCUAUGGCUCGCGGCGGUCGUUACGCUGGAUUGUGUUCCUCGUGCUCGCAGCCCUCGUGAUCAUCUAUAUGACCGGAUCGACCUACGAGCCUCACAGUGUGGCCGGCAGCGCCGGCGCAGGCACCAGCAGCUCCGGCCACAGGUCAUCCACCUCUGGGUUCAAGCAUUCCCACAAGAAGCAGGCCAAGAACCUGAGUCCGGUGGAUCUGAUGAAGCGACCGAUCUCCCGCGACCUGCAGACCAUCCCCAAGCUGAUGCACCAAAGCUGGUCGUCAACCGAGCUACCAGCAAAAUUUGAACGAUGGAGCGCGACGUGCAGGGAACAACACCCCGACUGGGAGUGGGUGCUGUGGACCGAUGAGGACAAUGAAGAGUUGGUCAGGACACACUUCCCAUGGCUGUUGAAGACAUACCUGGGUCUGCCCAGUGUGAUCUACCGCGCGGAUUUGGUGCGAAACCUCUACAUGUACAUGUUCGGAGGGGUCUAUUCCGAUUUGGACGUGGAAUGUCUCCGGCCUAUCGAUGAGCUAUUUGCCCAGUACAACGUGACGACCGCCUCGCACGGCAAACCGAAACCGCAGUCCGCGCAGAACAUGCUGAAGAGUGGCCGAAAAGCCUUCUUUGGCCGGAUGGGCACCGACCACGGCUCCUCCAACUCGAUCCCCAACGCCUGGAUGGCGUCUACGCCCGGCCACCCUUUCUUCCUGAUCGUGCUCGAGUCUGUCAUGAAGCGGAUGACUGAAGAAGGCGACAUGGACAACGUCGAAGGGAUCACGGGCCCAGGCAAGCUGUACGACAUGAUCAACGAAUACCGGCAGGACGACAGCAAAUGGGCGGGCGAGGCCCUGGACAAGCACGUGUCCAAGAACCCGACCGCCAAGCAGUUCAACCCGCGCAAGGGAUUGAAACAUUCCAUCGAGGUGCUGCCCUUCCAGUACAUCUACCCGUACUCGUGGGAGCGCGACGGCGAGGCAUAUCGAGAGGUUUGCUGGGCCACCAAGGAGGAGUUCAACCCCGAAAGAUGCAAACAGCUGCUCGCGACCGACCAUUGGCCGAGUUAUGUCAUCACCUACUGGAGCCACACCUGGACGAGUGGCGGCCAUGACGACGGCAAUGUACAGAAGCUUGAGAUGGCAGAUCAAUGAGGGAAGAACCAAGAGGGGGGACGGGCACGGGGAUGGGAAAUGAGACCCGGAGUUGGGAAUGUCUGAUGAUGAAGGAUUGGUUUGUCCCUGACGAGGAAUUUUCGGAGUACAAAAAAGAGAUAUCAUGGGUUUUGUUCUUCUUUCUGCCCGGGCCAAUUUUUGCUUGUUAUAACGAGAUCAUAGACGAGAAAUUGCUUGCGGGCCAGGGCUUCAGCUCGUGAUUUGGCGCGGCGUCGGGGGGAAAUGACAGGGAGGAGGGAUACAUUUUGUGUAUAACCAAGUCGUCUUCUUUGGCCAGAAUUAGAGGUGACAGUCCGUGUUUGGUCUUGGUGUCAGAUAGAGAACGAUAAUGAAAUAGAAGAAGAGGAUCUACGCCAUCG